AUGUAUGGCAUUUUCGCAUUAGGUUAUAAACGAAACUUAAAUGGUAGUGGUAACCAUUAUAUACCAAGCCAAUUAUUGGGUAGUGAUGCUAUAAUAUACUACCACCAGUCUAAAGAAGUGUAUACCCAAUAUGACGUAAAAGAUGAUCUCUGUGAAAAUAUGUUUGACCUAGAUAAAGUUGAAAAGAAGCGACAUCUUAACUAUCAAAGCCUGUCUCAUGCUCCUGCCAAAUGUAACUCAGACAAGCAAAGUCGGUUAACAUUUUCAGUACCACCUGAUGAACAUAUGGCUUCCAUGCCUUUCGAAAAAAUCAAAACAGACUGGGCUCCAAUGAACAAAGACAAUGUCAAUCUCCAAAAAUAA